GAGAGUCUACAGAGGUCUGCGCGGCUCUGCUCUCAACAACAUGCCUGCUUUAACUCAACACCAGCAGCUCCGGCCACUUCAGCGGAGGAGCUCCCGGCUCUAGUAAGAGAGGCAGCACUUCACUUCAACGUAAAUAUGAUCAACAGAAGACACCCCUGCCUUAGUAAGAGAGGAGGUGUAUGGGGCCUAUGCAUCCUCCUCCUCUACACCAGCCCUCUGUCUUGUUUGGCAAAUUUCAGCAAAGCGAAAGAGCUCGUCUAUAAGAUAAAGGAGGGAUUACCACGUGGGACAUUUAUAGGGGCCAUUGGAGUUGACUUAAACUUGGAUUUUAAUGCCAAACCCCCCUUUUUAUUCAAUCUGGCUCAAAAGAAGGUCAACGAGCAGUACGUGACCCUUAAUAAUACCACUGGGGAGCUUUACACAUCUGCCACGGAGAUUGACAGGGAGACCCUCUGUCCAGACAACUCCGAGGUUAAGGCCUGUGUCUUGUCUCUGGAUGUGUUGGUGCUACCACAACAGUACUUUCAGCUUGUCAAAGUCAAGAUUGUUAUUGAGGAUGUGAACGACAACAGGCCAAAGUUCCCUGUGGAUGAAAUCAUUUUAACUGUCCCAGAAAAUUCACCCGUCAAUGCUCGUUAUGCGGUCGAGCAGUCGGCGGUUGACCCAGACUUGGGGCUCCAUGGGGUGCAGACGUAUUGGCUUGUUAAUGACUUUGGGGUCUUCACUCUGGAUGUUGAGGAAAACGAUGGGGGAGAGUUGACGCCAUUCCUCAUUGUGACCGAAACUUUGGACAGAGAAACCCAAGCAGAGUAUGUAACAGAUAUUAUAGCAGAGGAUGGCGGGGCACCUCCUCUUCUUGGGGCGGCUACUUUAAAAAUCCAGAUAUCCGACGUGAAUGACAACUGUCCAAAAUUCACAGAGACUCAUUUGAAUAUUACUGUCCAUGGGAAUACAAGUAAAGGAGCACCGAUAGCAAGACUCCACGCUUACGACCCUGACCUGGGUGCUAAUGCUCAGAUCAGCUACGCCUACAGUGAGCGAGUGCCAAGGGAGACUAGGAGCUUGUUCCAUUUGGACAGUAACACGGGCAUCAUUAAGCUAGCGGGAAAAAUAGAAUCUGGCACUGCCCCACACUACAAACUGACAGUAUUAGCCAAUGGGCCUGGUUGCAUCCCAGCUGUUACAACUGUUACUCUCAACAUAAUCAAAAUGCUUACUGGACCUCCUGCUAUCAUACCGAGAUAUAUCGCGCUCGAGAAAGACGGAGUUGUUUAUUUGAAAGAAUCAGAACCAGCACUUUCUCCGAUAGCUUUUUACACGGUUAAAAAUGUAGGAUCAAAUCAAAAAGUCGACUGCCAUCUGGAGGGGAGUGGCCCAUUUAGACUAAGCCCCUACCAGCUGAUUAAAAAUGAAUACUUAUUGGAAACCACAGAAGCACUGGACUAUGAAACAGCACAAGAGUUUGACCUAAUCAUUGUCGCUAAUAAUUCACAAGGGUUGGUAAUUAAAGCCUUUUUAAAAAUUCAAGUCUUGGAUGAGAAUGACAACGCCCCAGUAUUUCAACAGUCCAUAGUUGAGCUAACCAUUGAAGAAAACAAUCCACCCAAUACGUUCUUAACGCAAUUCCAAGCUACGGAUCAGGAUAGCGAUAGCAGAGGAGAGGUUAUCUAUCUCUUAGGAGGGGAUGCACCGGGGAUAUUCGAACUGGAUCGGGUUACGGGUGUCCUUAUAGUCACUACAUCAUUGGACCGCGAAGAAAAGGAGACAUAUCGUUUCAUUGUGAGAGCAUUGGACCAGGGGACACCUAGGAAGGAGUCUAUUGCAACCGUUGUCCUAACUGUGCAAGACUGCAAUGACAACAGCCCACGUUUCAUCAACAAAGAUUUCACUUUCUUUGUACCGGAGAACUUCCCAGGAUAUGGUGAGAUUGGAGUACUUUCGGUUAGAGAUGCUGAUGCUGGGGAGAACGGUUGGGUUGCAUUAUCGAUUUUAAAUGGUACCGAUAUUUUUAUGAUCGAUACAGGACGUGGUAUAUUGAGAGCCAAAACUUCGCUAGACAGAGAACAACAAGGGACCUAUCAGUUGUGGGUUGAAGCUGUGGAUGGGGGCGAACCGCCUCUGUCUUCUGUUACCAUGGUGACAGUUUUAUUAUUGGAUGUAAAUGACAAUCCACCAAUCGUCCUAUUUCCGCAGUCGAACCUGUCUUAUAUGCUAGUCCUACCUAGCACAUUGCCUGGGACGUCUAUUACGGAAGUGUACGCUGUGGAUAAAGACACAGGGAUGAACGCAGUGAUUGCUUACAGUAUCAUCAAACGAAAAGGUGGUGAGCCAGGUUCCUUCGCUAUUGAUGCCCAAACUGGAAAUAUCACUCUAAAACGUGAAUUAAGCAACAGGGGUUUAUGCAGUUUACUGGUUAAAGUAAGCGAUCACGGACAACCAGAGCCACUCUACUCAACUGUCAUGGUAAACUUUUUUGUGAAUGAAACUGUUAGCAAUGAGAGCUACAUCCAAAGCUUGCUAACCAGGGAGGCAGACAUAGAAGUUGAGGAAAAACCCUGGUUUACUGGUCAAAUGAAGGAAGGACCCGAAAGAUAUGAGUUGUUCCCCUGCCAGCCCGUUCUCAUAGCUCUCUCUGCAACUUGUCUUGGGCUGUUUCUUUUAGUGGUGAUGCUGACAUCAUAUAUUUGCUGUAAAAGGUUGAAAAAACAUCGAAAGAAGACAAAAUUGGAGACUGAAAUACCUUUGAAAAUUACUCAUGAAUCAGUACAUGUUGUGAACAGAAAAAUCAGGCAAAUCUCAAAUCUUUGAUGUCCACCCAUAUCCAAAACCACUGCUGUUUACAUGAAUGUUUACAAAACACCAAUGUACAAAGUGUAAUUAUUUCAAGAGGUGGCUUUUUGCUCUUGGUGAAACAGUUAUUAUCCUGGCAACUAAAUCUUCGAUUUAUAUUCAUUUUUUUUAAUUCAAAAUUACAUGGUUUUAGUAUAACAUUCUUCAUAUGUUCAUAAUGGUUUAAACAUAUAACAAUGAUUUGUUGUAUUGAUGCCUUAAAGAAGACCUAUUGUGCUUGUGUCUGCUAUAUAGUUAUAUAAUAGAUCAUUAUGUUAUAAUUUAGACAUUUCGCAAAUUACUUAAUGUAAGAAAAAGUCCACUGACUUGCACAUUAGAAAACUCUGGUGCCCAAUAAGAGCUGAUAUUGCCAUAAAAGUCAUCACAACAAAAAGCAAAUAGUGUAGCUGUUGGCACCUCCUAUGGUGCCGACAACUACACAUCACGCUAGCGAGCAGCAGAUUAUUAUUAUUAUUUUUUUUUUUUUGUACCAAAAUGACCAUCAUAAUUAAGAAAAUUUAAUUGGAGAACAAAAUAAGUAGAGAAAACAGGGAUUGAUGAGCAAUAUGGUGUCUUGAAAAUAAGUGAUCAAAGAUGGCUCAAGUAUGCACGAGUCAAUCUAAUUACAACUUUGAGAGUAUAAAUGGUGAGGUGAAACAUCUAUAAAAUGGUUGAAAGCUCUGAAAAGUUGAUUGUGCAUAAUAGGUCUGCUUUAAAUUAUUUAAUAUAUCAAUAACUAACCAAUGCCAAUGACUAACUUCAAUUCAACCGUUAAUUUUGAAGAUAAUUGAAGUGGCUGCAUGUCAUGUAAUACAAAAAGAUACAUAUUUUGAUCCAUUUCUUUUUUAUUUAUUUAUUUUUUAUUUUUUUGGCUAACUACUGCCUUAUGUCUUUCAACUCAUGUGUAACUGGCUAUUGUCCAGUGUGUCCAAAAUGACUCAGAUACAUUAGCUUACAAAAAAUGACAUAGUUGUGAUAAUAACUGUUUUACGAAGGCAAAAGGCAACCAAAUACAACUCUGAAGUUCAAUGUAAAUAAUGUACAAAGUGUUUUACAACUUUAUACUUAAAUUUUGCAUUGGUACAAAUGGUAUAAGACAUUUCAAGACACUGUUUUCUUCUUAGAGAUUGUUAAAAAUAAUACCCUGCCAUAGACAUACACAAGAAUGCCAUGACAAUACCUACAACCUUAAUGUAUAUUGUUAACAUUGCUCAGGAAUUGGAGAUAAUUGGAGAUAGCAUACAAUUACAUAUUUAAUGCUAUGUAAUCCUGCAAACUCAUAAGUCAAAGUACAGUCUACUGUUAUGGUGUCAUUAACGGGAUUGUGAAAAGCAAACUAUGCACAAGAUACCUCUCUACAAAGCAUUUAGUCAGCCCAUUGGUGACUUCCGGAAUGUAAUGGAAAAAUUCACUCCACUAGAGGUCCAUUUGCACGAGUUAGAGGGAGUUGUUUUGUCAAUAAUAAUGUGUUGACAUCCCUCGCCCUAUUGUUAGUAACCAGAUCUCCAGCUUUCUGUCGGCUUAAGAAUAGUCAUUAGCCACCUUCUCAUGCCACAGUUAUAUAAGAUCAGCCAUCUUUUUCUUUGAAUUAUGUUCAGGCUUUUGAUGUCAGAAAACUGAACACACCUUUUGUAAGCUCAUGCGAUUCUUGAUGUAUCUGUGAAAGGCACUUAGUGUUUGUGAAG